GUAAAGGUUAAAACUCGGUUCAAACACCAGCCAGCUGCAUGAGAGGUAGCGUUUCAGCUUUUUUCCCCGGUUUCCCCCUUUGGAAAAGAGUGGAGUCGUUCAGCGGAAAAGCAGAUCAGCUGCUGGAGCCACUGUGAGGUGAUGCACUCAGACAGGUCUGAGUACGCCCACAGGCGGCAGCACGGUGACAGAGGCACGAGGCAGUGGGACGACUACAAUGACAGGUGGGAAGAAAGGCGCGAACCUCGCAGAGAUGCACCGUGGGAGUCCUAUCAUAAACAUGGUAAUGAUCACGGACAAAGUAGCUCAGAGAGGACGAGCAGGAGUAGAGAGUACAGUGACUCACCAAAGAGGAUGCACAGUAAAGACUCAUUUAACAGGGAGAGGAGUAGAAAGAGCCCAAUGAGGAGACCCGUGUCCUCACCCGAUUGGAGCAUCUCUGAAAAGAAAAGGCGACGGUUUACAGAGGAUGACAAAGAUAAUUACAGAUACAGGCGAGAGUCUGAAGACAAAACGUACCGACACUCACCGGACAGUUUUUCACGUGUACCCAAGGAUUUAAAACACACACUGCCACAGGAAGAGGAUUUCCGACAUAGGAAAACACUUCAAGAUUCCAGAAACAGGCAUCGACAUGAAGAGUUUACAUACAAGCAGCAACGUGAUGAUUUAACCUACAGACGGUCCUCUGGAUAUUACAAAGACAGAGAUGGUCAAGAAAGGAGCCGAGGCCGUUCACAAGACAGGACGCAAUCACAAGAUCACUCUAUGACGCAGAGUUAUGCGAAACCCAGAGAGAGCGAUGACAACCCAUCCACAGAUCAUGAUUAUCGUCCAAAUGGAACCAGAUUUCCAUUGAAUGGAUCAAGUGGACAGUGUCUUGACCAUGAUGUCACCUACCAAAGUCCCGCUGUUCCGGAGGAGAAGAAGGCAACCAACGGUUUCCAGCGUUUCCUCGACGUGCUUAACAAAGGCGUGAACGUGGACACACUCACCAAGAUAGUGACUCGGCCACCUACUGAAGAGGAGGAUCGACCAUGGUCUCCAUCUUCUUUCCCGAGCGCUGUAGAACGUUCUUGGUCUCCAAGGCAACAGGAAGGCCGACAGUACACCCAGAACUGGAAUGAGAGUGAGGAAUCCUACAGAGCGGCUUCUCCACAGCGGGGGCACAGGUCCUUCAGCCCACAGGGUGGUUCCCUGUCUGAUGAAAAGCCUCCGCAGAAGAGCGACAGAGGACGAAGCCACUUCAGCUCUAACAGUAGAUCCAGGUCGCCCUCAGUGGUGGAAACACACCACACACUGACGCCCGAAGAUGAGCACAAGCGCAGGCAAAUGCAGGAUGUUUUGCAGGCCAUCGGUAUGGAUCUAGGAUUCGAGGAACUGGGUCAAAUGUCGCAUCGGAUCCAGGAACGCUUGUAUGGGAAGAAGGACGGCGACUCGAUGGUCCGCCAUCGUAAAGGAAGCAGGGAAAGAGAAACGAGGCCGUCUUCCUCUCCAAAACGUCACAGCAGAUCAUCACCGUCUAGCAGAUCUAGUUUCAGCCCUGUAGCUCAGGACUUUUCUCUGCAAACAGACUCAUACAGCGCUCAGAGAGACGCAACAGACAUACAUCAAGCACAGAUUCCUCCAGCUGUUGAUUAUGCUCAGAAAAGCGGCAGUGGCCCUUUACAGGACAGCGAGAAAUGUGAAACUAACUAUCAAGAAGGCGCUGCUGUAUUUCAAACAUUUUCUCCAGACGCCACCCACACUAUAUCAGACGCACCCCCUCCUCCUCGACCCGUAAUGCCCACAUACCCUCCAGUCAACUAUUCGCCACUGUUGUACCCAGCCCUCCCUCCGGCUAUGCCUCCUAACUUGCCCAACGUAGGCCCAAGGUUUCUCUUACCUCAUCUGCCUCCCUUCCUCCCUUACCCCUGUGUCCCACCUUUAAACAUCCACCCAGCAGUACUUUCUCAAACAAGACAUCUCCUCCCACCACAGCUCACUAGUCACCAACCACCGUGUUUUAAUUUGCCAGAUGUGAAUCCGGUCCAAACACUGACCACCGCACAGAAGUCAAAGACGCUGCUUAGGCGUCGCUGUUUGCAGGUCAUUGAAACCAAACAACCCGGAUGAAGAUAAAGCACAAGAGGAAAUGAGACGUCCAAAAACAAGGCUGGAAAAGAUGAAAAAACACAGAUAAUAAUGCUGUGGUCAACAAGUUAAAUGACUAACCUCCAGGUGCUGAUGGAGGGGGCCUCAAAUAAUAAUAUAAAAAAACUAAAUACACAUACACCGCUUUGUUCAGCCAGUCUGCAGUUGCACGCAUAGCACGCCACGCUAAAGAAAAACACAAACAGCACCGCAAACAUUUCACGGUUUCUCAAAACAUCCUCCUCUUUAAUUGGCUUAAUCAUCAUCAUUUUGGUUGCAAUCAGUAUUAUUGUAAUCUUUAUUCAGAUGAAUACAUCACCACAGUUCAGCAUUUACUCCUCCACAAUGGUUCUGGCCGACCCACGAUUACAAACAGCCUCUUCGUGUUUCAGGUGGACACAUUUCAUUUUUUGUGUAUGUGUUGUUUUUUUAUGUAUUGCACAAUAUUAAACAACG